UGCGGGGAAGAUGGCGGACUCGGUAGCGGCUGGUCUUGCGGACGAAAACGAGACUGAAAAUGAGGAUAAGGAGAGGGAGAAACGACUCUUUAGCGGCGUCAAAAAGACGGAGAAACAAGCCGCUGCGUCAGACCUUACAGAAACUCUGGGAUUUUACGAGAGGAAGGCGAAAUGCAAAGAGAGAAAGAGCAAUGUGUCAGAUCUCUCUCUUGUGAGGUUUAUUAGUGCUGAGUUGACUAGAGGAUAUUUUCUGGAACACAAUGAGGCCAAAUACACUGAGCGGAGAGAGAGGGUCUACACCUGCCUGCGUAUUCCAAAAGAACUGGAGAAGCUCAUGAUGUUUGGGUUUUUCCUGUGUCUGGAUGUGUUUCUGUACGUGUUCACUCUGCUGCCUCUCAGAGUGCUGCUGGCCCUGAUCAGACUGCUGACACUGCCCUGCUGCGGCCUCAGUGGAUCUCGUAUCUUGCAGCCCGCUCAGGUGUGUGAUGUUCUGAAGGGUUUCAUCAUGAUUCUGUGUUAUUUCAUGAUGCAUUAUGUGGAUUAUUCCAUGAUGUACCACCUGAUCCGGGGUCAGUCAGUCAUAAAACUCUACAUCAUCUACAACAUGCUGGAGGUGGCAGAUCGCUUGUUUUCAUCUUUCGGUCAGGAUAUUCUGGAUGCUUUGUACUGGACUGCCACCGAACCUAAAGAGAGAAAAAGAGCUCAUAUAGGAGUCAUCCCACAUUUCUUCAUGGCUGUUCUCUACGUCUUUCUUCAUGCCAUUCUAAUUAUGGUUCAGGCCACCACACUGAACGUGGCUUUCAAUUCACACAACAAGUCACUGCUCACCAUUAUGAUGUCUAAUAAUUUUGUUGAGAUCAAAGGAAGUGUAUUCAAGAAAUUUGAGAAAAACAACCUCUUCCAAAUGUCCAAUAGUGACAUUAAAGAAAGAUUUACGAACUACACACUCUUACUAAUCGUCUGUCUCAGAAACAUGGAGCAGUUCUCCUGGAAUCCAGAUCAUCUGUGGGUGUUGUUUCCUGAUGUUUGUAUGGUGAUCGCCUCAGAGAUCGCAGUGGACGUUGUCAAACAUGCCUUCAUCACAAAGUUUAACGACAUCACAGCAGAUGUCUACAGUGAAUACAGAGCAAGCUUGGCAUUUGAUCUGGUCAGCAGCAGACAGAAAAAUGCAUACACAGACUACAGUGACAGUGUGUCCAGGAGAAUGGGCUUCAUUCCUCUUCCUCUUGCUCUGCUGUUGAUCCGGGUUGUGACCAGCUCAGUGAAGAUCCAGGGCUCUCUGUCCAUUGUUUGUGUUGUGCUCUUCUACCUGGGUAUGAUCACCCUGAAGGUGCUAAACAGUAUAGUGUUGUUGGGGAAAUCCUGUAUGUAUGUGAAAGAGGCAAAUAUGGAGGAGAAGCUGUUUCAAAAUCCCCCCUCCGCAGCUCCCAGCAGAGUGUCCAGCAGAGCCCACCGUACCAAACACACACGAGAACCACCAGGUGAUCCAGCAGAAGAGGGCAUGUCUGCAUCAGUCACCACUCAGCCCACCCAAAGGGAUGACUGCCCCGCCCCUCAGAUCCCCACCAGCGAAUCAGAUCAGUUUCUCACUACACCAGAUGAAUCAGAAGAGAAAAGCCUUAUUCAGGACGAUACCGAACUUAAACACAGGGCGCCCAAAAAAGACUUGCUGGAGAUUGACCGCUUUACUAUCUGCGGUAACCGUAUCGACUGACAUUGAUGCGUGCCCUCAAGUUUAAGAGUGACGCCAGGUAUGCACUGAAAUGCCCGCCCUCUCUGCCAGCUUGAUUUGUUUGACAUUUGAACCUGAGCUCGUUGGAACGGGACAACGAGAAACUGCAGGAUAUUUAUUAAUAAAUGAUGCACCUAAUUUAUUUAAGACUUAAAAACACUCACAGACAAUCACACCAACACAGUUUAACCAAUUGGAAUCCGCCCAGUGAAGUUUCUACGCUUUCAAAAGGUUCAAGAUCACCAGCGGAGCUCACCUUUGGAAGGCAGGGAGGAUCUUGGUCCGAUGGUCAAUGUACUUACCUUUCAAAGGGGGCAUCGAAUUAAAAAAUGAGAGAAAGGGAUGGAUUAUAUUGCUAUUUUACAGAUUCACAAGAUUCCAUACACAUGUGGGAAAAAGUAGGAGUUUUUGAACAGUAAGAUUUUUUAUGUUUUUUUUAAAGAAGUCUCUUCUGCUCACCAAGCCUGCAUUUAUUUGAUCCAAAGUACAACAAAAACAGUAAAAAUCUUAAAUAUUUUUACUGUUUAAAUAUAACGGUUUUCAACUAUUUUGUGAAUAUUUUGAAAUAUAGUUUAUUUCUGCAAUUUCAAAGCUGAAUUUUCGGCAUCAUAACUCCAGUCACAUGAUCCUUCAAAAUCAUUCAAAUUUCCUGAUUUGCUGCUCAGAAAACAUUUAUUAUUUUGUUGAAAACAGCUUAGUAGAAUUUUUUGAUGAAUAGAAAGUUCAGAACAGCAUUUAUCUGAAAUAGAAAUCUUUUGUUACAUUAUAAAUGUCUUUGUCAUCACUUUUGAUCAAUUUAAAACAUCCUUGCUAAAUAAAAAAUAUUAAUUUCUAUAAUUGCCCUGAAAAAAAAAAAGAACAAUUAUACCUACUCCUAAUGUUACAAAAGCUUUUUAUUUUAGAUAAAUGCUGACCUUUAGACCUUUCUAUUCAUCAAGGAAUCCUGAAAAAAUUUACUCAACUGUUUUAAAUUUUGAUAAUAAUAAUAAUAAUUUUCUUGAACAGCAAAUCAGCAUAUUACAAUGAUUUCUUAAGGAUCAUGUAACACUGAAGACUGGAGUAAUGAUGCUGAAAAUUUAGAUUUGAUCACAGGAAUGAGUUCGAUUUUAAAAUAUAUUCAAAUGGAAAACUGUUAUUUUAAAUGGUAAAAAUAUUUAAACAUUUUGCUGUACUUUGGAUCAAAUAAAUGCUUGGUGAGCAGAAGAGACUUCUUUAAAAACAGUAAAAAUCUUGCUGUUCAAAAUCUUUUAACUGGCAGUGUAUGCUGUGUUAAAAAACAAAUGUCAAAAGUUCUUGAAGUUCUUUUUUUUUUUUCUUCAUUCAUAAUUUCUCUAUUUGGAAGUGUCCCUUCAAUUCUCAAGUUCCCUCAAAAGACUUCUAAGUUUAAAAUAUUACCAUGUUCAUUGUCAGUCAGUACUGAAAUGUAAUUUUGUAGAAUGUGUACCUAAUUUGUUUUUGUAUCUUUGAGUGAAAGCAGACAGAAAGCUAAAAUACCGGAUCACUAUUUUAUUUAUUUAUAUUUUUAAGAGAGUUGCUGUUUCAGUUACAAGGUUUCCAGUGACAAAAAAAAAGUUUUUUUUUUUUUUUGGUUUUUUUUUUUUUUGCAUCGUUUGAGGUAAUGACCUUUUAAAAGGCCAUUGUGAGUAUGUGAUACUGUGAUGAAACGCAUGCUUGUGAUAUUUGGAUUGACUGAAGUGCUUAAGUCGGCAUCUGAAUGAAAGGAUCAAAGAUUAAUGCAAGUCGCAUGGAAUCAGAAAACUGAAUAAGUCCAGUAGCGUAACAUGAUUUGCCAGCUAAAAUGAAGGAAUGCAAUAUUUUCCAAUUAAAAUGGAAAGUCUGUUUUUUCCCCGCAAAUUGUACCAAGAAUAGCAUAUCAGAUGAGCAAUCAUACAUUGGUGCUGGUAUUGGGAGCAGAUGCUGAAUAGUCAUUUACCAACAUUCCAAAAGUCAGAAUCUUGACCAAAGCAAAGUUAAAUAUACAACCUUUUGCUAAUAUCUCGGGUGUAUUUAAAAAAAAAGGCCUACUGACCCCAAAUAAACAGUUUUUACAAGUCAAUGAGCAUCAGAAUCCAGUAAUGUAAGCUAAUAACAAUGAGUCCAAGUUUCAUAAUAUCCAACUUAUCAGAUGCCCAUGAUCAGUAAUAAUGCAUCAUGUGUAGUGCUUAAAAAACUUAUUGGAGUGCUUUAUCAUCCUAGACGAUGUUUAAUAUUUUUGCUUCGCAUAACAGACCAUGCUGUCUUAAAAAAAAAUUGUGAACCACUAAUGUCUCUUAGUAGUACUGGAGGUUAGAAUUUAAGUUUAUUUUUUUCAUCAGUAAUGACAACUUUUUUUUUUUUUUUUUGACUGGUUUUGGGAUUUGUAUUUCUUGUAUUACAAAUGUGUGGCUGUAAUUGCUUUGCUUUGUAAUAUCAUUAUGGCGGCAUUCAGGCUGACAAUUUACACUCAAGGCAGUAUGUUGACAGUCAUCAUAAGGCUGUCAUAUUUUGCAAGGUGCUCAGUUCUUUCAAAAACAAAAGGUUGUUUGAUUUAUCAUUUAGAAAAUAUCAACUAUGCCAAGGAAUUGUUUACCCUCAGUUAGCAAAUUUAUGCAAACUCUGAAUCACAUUUUUCAAAACCUCUUCAGAAGCAUUCACUUGACUUAAACUGCCAAAAUGAUAUCAAAGAGCAUUUCUCAUUGUUUUUGCAUUUGAAACAUGUUAGAAAUACUUUUGCUCGUGUUUAAAAGAAAGAGACCAUUAUAAGCAAAUGUUUGAUUUUGUUGUGGUUUUCAAUGUAACUGCCUGUGCAUUCCCAUAGGUUCAGUCAGCUUUGGACUCUUGAAAUAGGGCUGAAGUUUGACUGUACUGGAUAUGGAUCAGUACUCAAAUAGAUGAUUUUGCUUGACUGAACCUCUCUAAUUCAUACUCAUAUCCGUUUAUUUGGAAAUACAAAAAAGGUCCAACGAGUCAAGUUGUUACUAUACUGCUGUUUUUUUUCUCACUGGUCAAUAUCAUUUUGUUGUUUUGGUGUGUUUUUGUAAGCAUUAUCGGCUUCAGCAUCCAAGGUUCUUACAAAGUUGUUUUUUCUGUAGAAACUGAAGAGGAAUGACGAUGUCAAAUCCCUUGUAUGGGAUGUUUCAGAGACAGAAUUGAGGAGAGAAAUCAGGGCGUUGUGUUAAUUAAAGUUUUGUUGUUUUGUA